GAGGGGGCACGGCGGUGGGGAGGAGGAGGAAGAGGAGGAGGAGGAGGAGGAGGGAGCGGUGCCACCGCCACCAUGUCCGGGCGCGGCCACAACAAGCUGCCGACCACCGAGCGCAUCGUCAAGGCUGUCCCAUUCCCUCCCACGCAGAGGCUCACCCUGAAGGAGGUGUUUGAGGAUGGGAAGCCGAGGCUCGACGUCCUCAAGAGCCACUUGGUGAAGGAAGGGCGGCUGGAGGAGGACGCGGCGCUGAAGAUCAUCAACGACGGCGCCGCCAUCCUGAGGCACGAGAAGACCAUGAUCGAGGUGGAGGCCCCCAUCACAGUGUGUGGUGACAUCCAUGGGCAGUUUUUUGACCUGAUGAAGCUGUUUGAAGUUGGAGGAUCACCCAAUAACACCCGCUACCUCUUCCUGGGAGACUACGUGGACAGAGGCUACUUCAGUAUAGAGUGUGUGCUGUAUUUAUGGAGUUUAAAGAUAAAUCACCCCAAAACAUUGUUCCUCCUUCGAGGGAACCACGAGUGCAGGCACCUCACAGAAUAUUUCACCUUCAAGCAGGAAUGUCGAAUCAAGUACUCGGAGCGAGUGUACGACGCGUGCAUGGAUACCUUUGACUGUCUUCCUCUUGCUGCCCUCCUAAACCAGCAAUUCCUGUGUGUCCACGGAGGACUGUCUCCAGAAAUCACGUGUCUAGAUGACAUUAGGAAAUUAGACAGGUUUAAGGAGCCUCCAGCCUUUGGUCCAAUGUGUGACCUGCUCUGGUCUGAUCCCUCGGAGGAUUAUGGCAACGAGAAAACGCUGGAGCAUUUUGCCCACAACACUGUCCGGGGCUGCUCCUAUUUCUACAGUUAUCCUGCAGUGUGUGAAUUUUUGCAGAACAAUAGUUUGUUAUCCGUAAUCCGAGCUCACGAAGCCCAGGAUGCUGGGUACCGAAUGUACAGGAAGAGCCAGACGACGGGCUUUCCCUCGCUAAUCACAAUCUUCUCUGCACCAAAUUACUUAGAUGUCUAUAACAACAAGGCUGCUGUACUGAAAUAUGAAAACAACGUCAUGAACAUCAGGCAGUUCAACUGUUCCCCUCAUCCCUACUGGCUUCCAAACUUCAUGGAUGUCUUCACAUGGUCUUUACCUUUCGUAGGGGAAAAGGUCACCGAGAUGCUCGUUAACAUCCUCAACAUCUGCUCCGACGACGAGCUGAUCUCGGAUGGGGAUGAGACCUUGGAAGAUCACUACAUUUCAAGCUAUCCGAAAGGUGGGACAACAGUCCGUAAGGAGAUCAUCAGGAAUAAGAUCAGAGCCAUUGGGAAGAUGGCACGUGUGUUCUCGGUUCUUCGGGAGGAGAGUGAGAGCGUGCUGACCCUCAAAGGCCUGACCCCCACAGGUACCCUGCCCCUGGGAGUGCUCUCGGGGGGCAGGCAGACCCUCCAGACCGCCACAGUAGAAGCGGUAGAGGCACGGGAAGGUAUGGCUAGAACCCGCCGAGAGACCCAAAGCAUCUCCGUGUCCAUCCGUGGAUUCUCCCCUCAGCACAAGAUCCGCAGCUUCGAGGAGGCGCGGGGGCUGGACCGGAUCAACGAGCGGAUGCCGCCGCGCAAGGAUUCGCUGCACUCGGACGGGCCCGUGAACUUGGUAACCUCGAACUCUGCGGACAAGAACGGCACGGGGAAGAAAUCCCAGUAACGCCCCGAGCGCCCGAACCCGCGCCGCUAAAGGAUCCAAAACUUAAGGAAUUUUAUUUAUUUAUUAUCGGGGGGUGGGCUGGGGGCGAGGGGGGGUUGAAACCAACGUCACCCGGAGGCACGUCCAUAAGUCCAAGUUCGCAUCCGUUCUGUAAAAGGAAGGGCGACCAUUUUGUAAUUAUUAUUUUUUUUUUUAAUUUAUGUUCGAUAUAUAUAAAAGGAGUCCAUCUUUUUUUUUUUUUUUUUUUUUUUUUUUUUUUUUUUUUUUUUUUUUUUAAUUUAGAAACCAAUCCAACUGCUAGUGCAUCCCGGGAAUGUUGUGCUGUCCAGCUGCCCCUCCCCAAGAGGCCAAACCUCUGUGGAGGUGGAGGGGGGGGGGAUUAAAAGAAACAAAAAAAAUCAGUCAAACCAGGCAACUUGGGUCGUUGGCUUUGGGACAAUUUGGAGUUGGCCUGAGCUUUCCAAAGCAGGUCCUUCCCUUCAGGACAGGGUUGGGUUGGUUUUCCUUUUCACACCUGUUUUCUUCCCAGAUUUUCCUGUUGCUUUCAAGUCCUUGCCUACCUGCAACUGCUGCUUUAGCAACCAAUUCCCUGGAAGGCACAUUGUUGAGAUCCAUCCCUUUUCCAAGGUGACAGCCAGGAUUAGCUCUGAAGGACUCCAGGGUGUUAACACCAGUCACAGCACCUUUUCCUUCAGGAAUUCAGCUUUAUUCCAGUGGAAUCCCAAACAAAAAUUAGGGGAAGGCAGGUGGGGGAAGCACUGCCCCUUGUUGUGGCUCUUCCCCCGACUCGGAGCAGCCACUUUGCUGCCCAUGCAGCAGAAUUCCCUUGGGAAUCGCUCUGAUUCAGAGCAGAGGAAUUAUCUCUGCUGUCUGAUGAUCUCUGGGAAAGCUGCCAGGCCUGAAUUUUAAAGGAAAAGGGGGUGAUUUAUAACCUGGGGAAUAACAGACCCCCUGUUGUCCCGCCACCACAGGCUGCUGAGCCCGCGGCACAUUCCCUGUUCCUGGCUCUGGAAUCGGCCCUUGCUGGUCAGUUUGGGGUGGGGCCCCCUCGGUGUCACCUCCCUGUCCCCCAGGGUGUGUUUUGGGGGGUCUUCCACUCACUGUGGUUGACUUGGGGCAUCACCCACUGUCAGCCAGUGGCUAUUCCUCCGACUCCAAAGGAGCCGUGGGCACCUCAGCCUUUCCCAGCAGCUGGAAAAGAACUGGGGAUAAGAUGUGUGGGGAUGCUGCUGGUUUCUGGGAGAUGUGGCUUGGUGCUGGUUUCAAGGCACCCCCCGGUUUUGGAAGCACCUCCCUCGGCUGCAGGGAGGGGAGGCAGGUUUGGCAGGAGGCUGGAGGAUAGAACCAGGCGGAUCCAGUGGGAAUUUUUGGACGGGCGCUUGUGCAGUGCUGGAGAGGGAUCUCCAGGGGCUCCCAGGGGACCCCCCCCGUGUGGUGCUGGGGAUUUUGGAGCGUAGAUGUGUUCCUUUUUCCUUUGGAAAAGGGUUUUGUGAGAUUCCCACUGGUCGCUUCCCUUCCCGGUGCCGCGUGAGCCGCCUCCGUUGCCCGGAGCCAAGGAAGCAAACCCCUGGCCAGCUUUCCCUUCUUCCCCACCUUUUCCCAUGCUCGAGCCUCUCCCAAAGGGAUCUUUGCCAACACUUUCUCUGGAUCUUGCUGUCUCCCCUUUGUGAUUCCAGCGCCAGGGGAAAACAGCAACUUUGCAGGAAGCUUUCAGGCUGUGUCUUAGGAUCACACCUCACUUAAUUCCACGGCGGCUCCUUAGGAUUCUGUGAGCGAACCACUGGGUUUCCACAAGUCACAUGCCUCCACUUUUCCCUCUUUUUUUCUUGUUUUUUUUUUUCCCCCCCUCUCCUGUUUUUUUUUACACGCCCACCGCUUUGCAAAAAGUGCAAAAAGAGAGGUGUUUGGAGCGAGCUUCCCUCCCCCCACCCCCCGUCCGAGGCCUGGGGCCAAAUUGCCUUUGUCUGUGAGUAUUCUUUGUUCUUUAAGGGCCUCCUUUGAUCGCCGUGAGCCCCGUGUGUGGUAUCCGAGAGCACAGACCGUGCCCGGUGCUGCCCGUGCAUGUUCGGGCGUGUUGUGCUGACCCAGGCUGGGAUCUCACCCAAGCAGCAGGUUUUAGUCGGGAGAUUUUUUGGGAUGGGAGCCCCGCGGGACCCCCCCGGGCUUGGCACCCCUUCCCCGCACAGGGGAUGGGUCAGCAGGGCCCUGCCCAUCGCGGAGGGGGGGUUUGCUUUGCUGGCAGUUUGUCUCCCCAUCCCUCUUCUCCCGCUCUGGCAUCGCCAGUUCCCCCUCCCUGAAAUCCCUGUGGACCUUGUGCUUUGUGGAUUGGGGGAUCCAGAGCCACCCCUCCAUCCCUGGGGCUCGUGGGGCUGCAGCUUCCCAGUGUCCCGGCCCUGGAGAAGGUGGCCAAGGGCUGGAUGUUCCCCUCCCUGUCCCAGGAGCCGUGUGGCAGCUGGCACAUGUGGAUGCCACACUUCCAGGUCCCCUCUUCCCUUAAAACCAGUUCCCGAGGGGGUGAGGAGCAGCAAUGGGGCUCUGGGUGCUAAUUACCCCCUCAAUUAACAACCCCUGUCCGUGCUGGCAUCCCGGUGGGAACACAGAGCUUUCCCUGCCCCAGCACCGAGAUCCCCCCUCCCCUCUUGUGGGGUGCAGGGUGAUGACAACCUCGGAGCAGAAUUCCCUGCCCUGACUCCCCCACCACGGCAAACCAAAAAACAAUCCCAAAACCCCCAAAUUCCCCCUUUUCUCCUCCCCUUUCCCCCCAAACCCAGCCCCUCAGAGCUGUGCACAUCCCAAGACCCCUCAUCUCAGAGCUCCUGCCUCUCCCUUCCCCUCCCCGGCUGCCACCUGGAGCUUGGACAACUGGGAUUCUGGGAAGCCCACCGGCCUUGGGGGAGCCCCCACCUCCCAUGGGGAGCCCCCAAAUCCAGGGAAGCCCCCACGUCCCCACAGCCUGGGUUUUUUUGCAUGUUCUAGCAAGGUGCAUGUCCAAGGAGGGGAGUCGGCAACGGGGCGGGUGGUGGGUUGAGUUCAGGCUUAAUUUUAUUUUUGGGAUUGGGAGAACCUCUCUGGCUGCCUCUGGCACAGAUCCCACCUGGCCAGGUGAGCUGGGGUGGGAUGCAGAUCCCACCAACCUCGGCCAGGGAGGACCUUAAGCCCCACAGGGGGUGCAGUGAUGGUGAUUUUGGGGUUCUCAAUGCUGAAGGAUCAUAUGCCCGUUGCCUGGAGACUGCCUCCUUUUUAAUUUUUAAUUUUUAUUUCUUGCUUUUAUUUUAUUUUAUUUUUUUUUUUUUUAGUUCUGUUGAAAGGAGAAAAAAAAAUGGUGAAAAUGUUAUUUAUUGGCAGAAAUUAUUUAAUAUAAUUUCUUUUUUUUUUUUUUUUGUGAAACAAGGAAUGAAUUUGUUAGAACUGUCUCGAUGUAAAUCGGAGUCAUCUUUAAGGAGGAAAAAAAAAAGAAAAAAAAAAGAUAAAAAUUGACACAGUCA